GAAUAGGGGCGCGCAGGCGCAGUGAGUUGGAGUGGCACUUAAGAUGGCGGGCCCGUUGGCUGUAGCCGGCGAUGUUGUGGUCGAUGCGCUGCCUUAUUUCGAUCAGGGCUAUGAUGCUCCGGGUGUCCGAGAGGCGGCAGCUGCGCUGGUAGAAGAAGAGACCAGACGUUAUCGACCCACAAAAAAUUACCUGAGCUAUUUGCCUACACCUGACUAUUCAGCAUUUGAAACUGAGAUCAUGAGGAAUGAGUUUGAGCGACUGGCAGCUCGCCAACCAAUGGAACUGCUCAGUAUGAAAAGGUAUGAGCUGCCUGCCCCAUCCUCAGGACAGAAGAAUGAUAUCACUGCAUGGCAAGAGUCUGUGAACAACUCCAUGGCACAGCUAGAACAUCAGGCAGUGAGAAUUGAAAACCUGGAGCUGAUGUCACAGCAUGGUUCAAAUGCAUGGAAAGUCUAUAAUGACAAUCUGGUACAGAUGAUUGAAAACGCUCAGAAGGAACUUCAGAGAUUGAGAAAACAGAUUCAAGACCUGAACUGGCUGAGGAAAAAUGACCAGCUUGCUGCUGGCAGUAAACUACGAGAAAUGGAAUCCAACUGGGUCGCGUUGGUCAGCAAGAACUAUGAGAUAGAGAGAGCAAUUGUCCAGCUCGAGAGUGAAAUAAACAAGAUGAAACAAGCACAAGGGGAUGAGAAUAAAGAAAACAUUCGGCAGGACUUCUGAGUGCACAAAAGAAACAACCUACCCCCUUUUCAGAGCACACUGUCUUCAUAAGUGGACUUGCACUCCUGUUUGCACACUAGUUGCAAUAAUGAUGCAGGUUUUUCUGUUUAAGAAAAUGUCGGUGUUGUAUUUAAUGUGUUCUUUGUAUUGAUUAGAACAGUAUCCUUUGAUUCCAAGUGGCCCAGACUCAUUUUAUGUGGACUACUGCCUUUCCCUCGUACAUUCAUUAACUGUCCAAUAUUAUGUACAUUUGGCAAUGAAGAGAUCUUGCUUUUUAGCUAAGAUGUCAAUUGAGAUUUUCAUACCAAUAUAGUUCUCAGGACUAAUUAAUUAUCCUUUGCAAAGUCUUAAUAGGAUUUAUAUUACAUUUUUUAUAGUUGCAUAUUUACAAAUAAAAUGGUUAGAGUUA